GACUGCAGAUGCUGGAGAGUCCGAGUCGAAAAGUGGCAUUGGAAAAGCACAGCAGGUCAAGAUGGACAAGCCAGAUAAGACAAAUAGAUUGUAUUUAUCAGGAAUACUGUGGGCGAAAAUAUAGGCAAAAGGGCACAGCAUCAGAUUCCAAUCAAAAAUAAGAGACAAGCUUAUACUUGAGACAUGAAUAUUGGGAAUAAUGAAUCUAUAGGUAUGAAUUCAAUGCCAGAAGACCAAUACAUUGAACAACAAAAAUACUUGGGAAUUGGAGGAGGAGUACACGGUGAUAUGUCAACCGCAAUCUCAAACGCAUCCACGGCCUUUGAUGGGUCUCAACAUGUGAACAACCAUCUCAAAUCUAACUCUGAUAGCUCCCGUUGGAAACCUGUAGAAGGUAGUGUAACCUGUUCCCAGAAUGAGGAUGAUGACGAUGACGUUGUGUUUGUCGAACCUUCCCUUUCUGCAAAUUGUCAUGCGAACACACGAGCAAACAAAUCCAGUGCUUCAGUUGCAGUGUUCCAAAAUCCAGAAUCCAUAGGAAAUGAAAUGAAUAUAUCAUUGCCACCAACAGGAAAAGAUCUCGUGUCACCAGUAGAGCCAAUCAUAAUUGAUGAUGAGGAAGAAGGAAACCCUGAGCCAGGAAAAGCUGCCACAUCUGGAAGAUGCGCUGAAAGAAAUGGAUUCAGCGAACCAACUGACUUGGGUGCCCACAAAGUUGAUUUCCAUAAUAUUGGAGUGCCGUAUGUGGAUAAUCAGGGUUUAUUUUGUACUCCAAAUUUGGAGAAUAACAAUUUAAAUUGGGAAUGUAGAACAAGUAUAAAGGAAGUUGACUUGAAUAAAUGCCACCCUUUACAAGCAACAAUGCUUCCAGAUACCAGACGAGGUAAUAUUUUGCCAACAAAUGGAAACGAAGCAUUAAGCCAGGGUAUAAGUACCGAACCAGACUCUGAGAUACAAAUAACUUGUGUCACCACAUUGGAUGCCAGUUCUAAGCCCGUUACAAAUGAACCACCAGUACAAUGUUCUGGGGAAACUGAUUUAGAUUUAAUGAUUUGCAAUGUUACCUCUCUUCACGAUCAGAAAUUUGAAGGUGUAGAUGAGGGUGUACAGAAACAAGCUUUUCAAUAUAGCACAGGGACUUCUAACUCUGACAAUAUUAUGGAUGGUGCUGGAAAUGGAUUUCUAAAUGGUGAAUCUUUGCUUUUGACAUCCCAACACAAACAUGACGGCCAGAGAGAAAGAUUAAGAAGCUGGAAGAAUGUCUGUGAUAACUUGUGACAACUUGUGACUGAACAACAUGGCUGCUUCUGUUCCAACAAUCUGAUCUUCCUGUUACAAGUGUGAAUAAUUUGGCUUUUUCUAAAAAAGGGUCUGUACUUUGCAGUGGCUAUGUGAGCAGUUUUAGUGUAGUGCUGGAUACUAGUCCCAGUAAACGAUCCCACUAAGUGAUCCCUGACAUUGCUCAUAGCUCUCAAAUGUAAAGUGAACAUCACAAUGGGUCAGCUAUGUUACACACAUUUUCACACUUUCAGAAAACAAGACUCCCACCCCAUAGCCUAUUUUACUUCAAUGUUAUUCAGAAGCAGUUUUUCUCCUCCCCUUAU